AAGUCUAAACCUGAAAUACAGGUAUGUCCCAUAGCCAUCCUUCACCGGUCGUCUCUUACCUAACCCAAAAUCUUUAUCGAACGCCAACAACAAAAUGCCGUAAUCCGAGACAGACACCAACUCUCUCUCUCUUUCCAACACACUUUCUCUCUCUAACAAACCCUCUCCUCUCAUGGCAUCCUCUGCAACCAUUUCUCACAUCUAUCUCUCUGCAAAAUCCUCCAAACACUCCUCUCACUCUAUAUCCAACUCUCCCGGCAUCUUUCUCCGCUUUCGUAACUCCAAUUCAAUUUUUCUUCGCUCUUCGUUUCUUUCUUCGAGUUUUGUUGGGUUGAAUCGGAGCUGUGGUUCUGUGUUGGAUGUGGAUCCAAUGCGAUUGAAGGUAUCUGCGAGUUCGACUCAGGUGAUGGAACCGAGUAAGACGAGUUCUAGUGUUCCGACGAUCGUCGAGGUCGAUUUGGGCGACCGGAGCUACCCAAUUUAUAUCGGGUCUGGACUUCUUGAUCAACCUGAUCUUCUCCAGAGGCAUGUCCAUGGAAAGAAAGCUCUUGUGGUCACUAACACCACAAUUGCGCCUAUAUAUCUGGAUAAAGUUGUUAGUGCUUUGACAAAUGGAAAUCCAAGCCUUUCUGUUGAGAGUGUGAUUUUACCAGAUGGUGAGAAGUACAAAAACAUGGAUACACUCAUGAAAGUAUUUGACAAAGCUAUUGAAUCACGGUUGGACCGACGUUGUACAUUUAUUGCCCUCGGUGGUGGCGUCAUUGGUGACAUGUGUGGAUAUGCUGCUGCAUCGUUCCUCCGUGGUGUUAAUUUCAUUCAAAUUCCUACAACUGUAAUGGCACAGGUGGAUUCUUCUGUUGGGGGAAAAACUGGAAUAAAUCACCGCCUUGGGAAAAACUUGAUUGGUGCAUUCUACCAACCUCAGUGUGUGCUUAUAGACACCGACACACUGAACACAUUGCCCGAGAGAGAAUUAGCAUCGGGGUUUGCUGAGGUCAUAAAGUAUGGGCUUAUUAGAGAUGCUGAAUUUUUUGAGUGGCAAGAGAAGAACAUGCAGGCAUUGAUGGCAAGGGACCCUGAUGCAUUAACUUAUGCAAUCAAGCGUUCAUGUGAAAACAAGGCUGAGGUUGUAUCUUUAGAUGAGAAGGAAGGUGGACUGAGGGCAACAUUGAACUUGGGUCAUACUUUCGGCCAUGCAGUGGAAACUGGUUUUGGCUAUGGGCAGUGGCUUCAUGGAGAAGCUGUUGCAGCUGGCAUGGUCAUGGCUGUUGACAUGUCCCAUCGCAUGGGCUGGAUUGAUGAUUCGAUUGUGAAGCGAGUUCACAACAUCUUACAACAGGCUAAGCUACCCACUACUCCGCCCGAAUCAAUGACCGUGGAGAUGUUCAAGUCUGUCAUGGCGGUUGAUAAGAAGGUAGCUGAUGGGCUACUAAGGCUCAUACUUCUGAAAGGUCCUCUAGGUAAUUGCGUAUUUACCGGGGAUUACGACAGAAAGGCCCUCGAUGAAACACUCCAUGCAUUUUGCAAGUCAUGAGUACAAGUCUGGCCGACAGUUACCAAGCUAUGUGCAAUUUUUUUUUUCACAUCUGUGUGUGGUGUAUUUAUAUAUUCAUAAUUAGUUAUUCUUCUCUAUAUUUUGAAUGUCUUCUUCUUCUUGUGGGCUUUCCCAUAUAUCCAUUGGUAGAAGUUUCUACCACAUGCAUCUCAUAAACCAUUCUAAUUAGAAAGCAAUAGCAUUGCCUGGUCAAUAAAAUUUAUUUCCAGAUAAUUUUAUUAUU